CUAUGCCCAGGACUGGCCUAACCUCCGCUGCCUAACCGUCAUCCCCCUGCAGCCACCCUUCCCAGAGUCCUUUGCCCAGGCCACCCCAGGCUUCUUGGCAGCCCUGCCGGGCCACUUGUCUUCAGGUCUGCCGGGGGAGGUGGGGAGGAGGCAGGAGGAGGGCGUGCAGAGGCAGUCUGGGCUGGGCCAGAGCUCGGGGUGCUGAGGGUGUGACCAGCUGUGAGCAGAGGCCAGCCAUGGCCAGCCCGGGGCUGCUGCUCCUGCUCUUACUGACGGCACUGCCACCGCUGUGGUCCUCUUCCCUGCCUGGGCUGGACAUUGCUGAAAGUAAAGCCACCAUUGCGGACCUGAUCCUGUCUGCCCUGGAGAGAGCCACCGUCUUCCUGGAACGGAGGCUGCCUGAAAUCAACCUGGAUGGCAUGGUGGGGGUCCGGGUGCUGGAAGAGCAGCUAAAAAGUGUCCAGGAGAAGUGGGCCCAGGAGCCCCCGCUGCAGCCGCUGGCCCUGCGCGUGGGGACACUGGGGGAGAAGCUGGAGGCUGCCAUCCAGAGAUCCCUCCUCUACCUCAAGCUGAGUGACCCCAAGUACCUAAGAGAGUUCCAGCUGACCCUCCAGCCCGGGUUUUGGAAGCUCCCACAUGCCUGGAUCCACACUGAUGCCUCCUUGGUGUACCCCACGUUCGAGCCCCAGGACUCAUUCUCAGAGGAGAGAAGCGACGCGUGCCUGGUGCAGCUGCUGGGAACCGGGAUGGACAGCAGCGAGCCCUGUGGCCUCUCAGACCUCUGCAGGAGCCUCAUGACCAAGCCCGGCUGCUCGGGCUACUGCCUGUCCCACCAACUGCUCUUCUUCCUCUGGGCCAGAAUGAGGGGAUGCACACAGGGACCAUUCCAACAGAGCCAGGACUAUAUCAACCUCUUCUGUGCCAACAUGAUGGACUUGAACCGCAGAGCUGAGGCCAUCGGAUACGCCUACCCUACCCGGGACAUCUUCAUGGAAAACAUCAUGUUCUGUGGAAUGGGCGGCUUCUCUGACUUCUACAAGCUCCGGUGGCUGGAGGCCAUUCUCAGCUGGCAGAAACAGCGGGAAGGAUGCUUCGGGGAGCCUGAUGCUGAAGAUGAAGAAUUACCUAAAGCUAUUCAAUUUCAGCAGCAUUUUUUGAGGAGAGUGAAGAGGCGAGAAAAACAAUUUUCAGAUGGCUGCUCCUCCCACAACACAGCCACAGCAGUGGCAGCCCUGGGUGGCUUCCUAUACAUCCUGGCAGAACACCCCCCAGCAAACGGAGAGCCACACCCAUCCACACCGCCACCACCAAGCAGCCACUGAGACGGAUGGUUCCACGCCUGCUGCCUGGAUGAGGAACAGCUCCCUUUAGUCCUCAUCCCUUACAUCCUCGAGGGCACAGGUCACAUCCUGGGAAGAAGGCAUCUGCAGGAUAAGCAAAGUCACCCCGACUCCCCAUCUUGGAAGCCCUGAGUAGGCAGGGCCAGGGUAGGUGGGGGCCGGGAGGGACCCAGGUGUGAACGGAUGAAUAAAGUUCAACUGCAACUGA